UGUUAACGGGUCGGGCUUGAACACGAGAAUAGCAAAUCUUAACUGAGGCCCGGUCGGAAGCAACACCAACUAUUUAAGGAACCCACGCGGUUCUAAUCCUUGAGAAAACCCAAAACCCUCGGUGAUGCCUCCGCUCGAUUUCGUCCCCCCAAAGCCACCUUCCUCUCCAUGUCCAAGCUGCCACCAGUGGACGGGCCUGCGGAUAAGACCUUCCCUCUCUUCUUCACCCACCUUUCCCCUUCCCAAAGCCCAGACCUUGUCCUUGACCCCGUCCCCUAUACGUGCCAUCUCCCACCAAUUCCCAUCCCGACAUCCCCUUCUCCUCCCCCGCCGCCCGAUUCCCACCACCGUCGUCUCCGCCGGACGGAGCAAGAAGAAGCCCGGCGGUCCAUCCCCCGGCCGCAUCGAGGGAAGCGGCGAGGUCCGUCGCCAGGCCAAGGCCCGCGCCCGUCUCCGCAGCCGUCGCCUCGCAGAGAACCUCUUCUACCGCCGCAGACGUCGCGCGGCAGCCACCGGCAACCAGGCCGACUCCUUCACCGACGACGAGCUCCAGGCCAUCGGCCUUGGCUACGACCGUGCUGUCCGCUUCAUGUCCAAGGACGACCCCAACCUGCGCCACCCCUACGACUGGUACAAGUACGGCGAGUACGGGCCCUACUCCUGGCGCGGCAUCGUCGUCGGCCCGCCUAUCCGCGGCCGCUUCUCCGACGACCGCGUCACCCUCAUCAGCGAGGUCCGUGACCACGAGGAGUGGGAGGAGAUCGAGCAGUUCGACAUGUCCACCGAAUACUGCCGCCGCCUCGAUCCCGCUGCUGGCCUGCGCUACUACUGGGUCUUCGUUCGCCACCCCAAGUGGCGCCCUACCGAGCUCCCCUGGCAGCAGUGGACGCUUGCUGCAGAGGUGGCCCUGGAGGCCGGCACCCAGCGGCUGGAUAAGUGGAACCUCAUGGGCCGGCUCGGCAACCGGGUGCGGUCCACGAUCACCCAAUGCGCCGCCUGGAUGCGGCCGGACAUCAUCUACGUGAAGCGCCCCGUGUACCAGUGCCGGUUCGAGCCGCAGGACGACUUCUUCAAGCUGCUCGGACCGCUGCUUGACCCGAGCACCGAGAACGAAUACCCCUGCGAGCUACGGGUGGAAGACGGCAGGGUCGAGGCCUGCACCUACUUCGGCGGGCUCUGCAAGAUCGUUAAGAGCAGCCCCAAGGCUUAUGUGGACGACGUCGUGAAGGCCUACCAGAAGUUAAGCGACGAGGAAAAAUCUCGGUGCCUGGAGUUCCUGCUGACUAACCAUCCCAUGGAGCUCCUCCACCCCUACACCAAAGAAUGGAAGGCCAAGCUCGAGGAGUUGGAGCUGGGCUGCGAUGCACCUGACGACAGCGAGGACGAGAGUGACAGAAACGACGGGUCGCAAGUCACUGAUUGGAUCGAGGACGAUGAGGAAAGCGACACCGAGCAGGAGGAUGAAGUGAUUGAUGUGGAAGAAGAAGAAGAGGAUGGUACCGAGGAAGCAAGGACGAAUCCGGAGGAGACACAGGAGUACUGGGAUGAUCAGUGGAAGAAGGCUGUUCGGAGCACCGAUGAGAUGGCGAAGUUAGUGAAGAGAAGCAUCGAGUUAUCAAACACGCACUACAAGAACCAGAUGCUGGAAGAAGGGCAGCAGAGGAAGGAGAUAACCGAGGGUGAUGAGGACACCGUUGACGUGAACCUGGAGGAGAACAAAGAAGACUGGAUUGAAGAAGACUUGAAAAAUGCAGGAUAUACGGCAUCAAAAAGGAGGGUCAGGAGCAAGAUACCGCCGGAAUUGUUUCUGAGAGCCUCGGUCCGGCCCUUCACGUACCGAAAUCUUGUGAAAGAAAUUGUUCUGAUGCGGCAUGCCAUCAUCGACGGAGAUAUCACCGUUGGUGGAUGAGAUCCAUAUGCUCGUUCCAACUCGCUGAUCUUAGUGCAAAAGAAAAAAUAAUUUAGACUGCUAUCGAUUUCAUAAGGAAGGUUAAGAUAAACCUCAUGACUUACUCCGUUGUCUGAACACCCUUUGGCAUUGUUGUCUUGCAGAGUUCCGACUUAGCCAGAAAUGCAAAGUGGUUGCUGAUUGA